CGCCUUGGCUUCGCCCUACUCACACUCCAUUCUCUCUUCAAUUCUCAACGAGGGUUUUACUUCUAAGCUUAAACCCGCGGCCAUGGCGACGAGAGCAGCAGUGGCGGCGCCACGCGUUUUGCGACGCUUUUUCUGCUCAAACUCUGCUUCUUCUACUUUCCCUUUCGUUCCUACGCCGCCUGCGGGCGCUGUCGCCACUCCUGCACGACCCACGGCGGAGCCCAACACCAAUCUCUUUGUCUCUGGGCUUAGCAAACGGACUACAACAGAAAAGCUUCGGGAAGAAUUUUCAAAGUUUGGUGAAGUCGUUUAUGCAAGGGUGGUAGCUGAUCGAGUCUCAGGCUACUCUAAGGGGUUUGGUUUUGUGCAAUAUGCAACAAUAGAAGAUGCUGCAAAGGGCAUUGAAGGAAUGGAUGGCAAGGUAAGCUAGAUCUGUAUGGGGCGACUCUAAUUUCUUUCAUAACAUUGUUUGUCUUCAAUUUGUGUUUGCUUGUGCUUGUUCAUUCAAAAUAUGACUUCAACAUAUAAACCUUUGAUAAUUAUGCUUAAAUGCCAAUGAAACAGUAUAGUCACACAUUAGAAGAUAAAAUGUUAUUUUUUAAUAGUGCUAGCCAUGAUAGUCAAAACCACCUUUUGGAGUGUAAGAUCAGAAAUGUCUACAAUUUUCUUCAUUCUUAAUUGCAUCUGGGUCAUAUUUUGGAUGAUAACAAUGGAUCAUCGAUGGAUCCUCACGAGCCAGUUUCUAUGGGCUGAGCAGCUAGGAUUGUGACCCAGUCUAAAGCUGAACUGACUCAGUCCCUUAAAAGCCUAACUCUGAUGCCCAAAUCCAGCUUCCUUACUCCCUCUGUUGCCUAACCCCAUGUCUCUUUGGACCUAAAAAAUGAAAGUCCUACUCUUCAUUUGUUAAAUAACUGAAAAGUUACGCCCCUUUCUCACCUAAAAUCACUGCUCUUUGUUUGGCAAAAGCGAAAAAUAACUGCCACCCUUUUUAUCUUUAAGAAAACCUCAACUGCAUUUUUCUCUUUCUCCCUUGAGACAAAGCCCACUGUCUUAAUUGUUUUUACUGCAGUCUUCUCUCAUAUUUGUGAUUCUGCCCCUUUCUCUGUUUUCACUGUGGUCUUCCCUCGUCUUUGUGAUUCUGUCCCCAACACACUAUUUCUUCAUGUUUCUUUUUUCAGCCCGCAGACCUCUGUUCUACACCAUUAAAAUGACUUUCAACUUCAACUCCAUGUUGGAGAGGAUGAAACUACACCACUGCCUUAGGAUUAUUUGGACAUUAUUCAUUUGAAAUGUGAAACAUCUGGAAUUGAUGAUCUCAUGGCUGGUCAUGAUUUCAACUUGCAAGGUUAUUUACUUUAGAUGAGUUGAAGAUAAUACAAAGGAUUUAGAAUUAAUUUGAAAGUGUAUAUUUCCCUCUCUUAGGAUUUCAUACUUCU